GAUGGAUAUGUAAUAUCAGAGGAGCUUGCUCCGGCUUCCGCGGGUUAAUAUCUACAGUCGUUGUUUCCUCGGAACCCAUACCAUUCCAUUCUCCAUCCACCUUUACACUUUGCAAUCCGCGCCAGGUCGCAUUCAUCCACGAUAAUAUCGAGCGACCGUUUCGAAACCAUGACCGGAUCUAUUCACGCUGCAGGUCAGCACUCGGGGCUCGACAAGCACAACACACACCCCUCUUCAGAGGAUGACGGCGGUCUGGAGACACGAAUGGCUGUGUGGAAAGAGGAGCUGCGAUUCGACAAUCUGGUCUCCGUCCACGAACUAUCAUACAAGCGAGCGGGCCAUCUCCUCACUACAAAGACUGAAGAAUGUCCUUCGCACGAUUGGAUAGUCACCAUCGAUCCAGAGACAAAGGACGUGCAUAUCCGCAUUGCGAAGGACGAAGAGGCUAUGGUUGAGUAUUUCGACAACAAGCUCAACCAGGUCUCUACGACCAACUUCAUCCGCACAUCGAUCGAGAAGUCAGCCCAGAGGGUCUCGUGCACGUGGAAACUCAACUCCGGUCGGCCAACUGGAGAAACCGAGGUCGCACUCUUAGUCCUGUACUUGUUCGCAACGAGGCAAUGCAAAUCCAUCGAAGUUAGCAAUUUCGGCACGGCAUCGGAGCCAAAAUACGAUAUCAGUAAGGCGAGGUGCACUGGAGGAGAGCUUAGUCAGACGGAGAAAUCGUUCUUCGACAAGAUCAACAAGUCAGAGGGCGCUAUUUGCUUUGAGUCUACCUCGCUGGAAUCGUACAAGUUGUACUCUGUCUCUAAUUGAGCUUGUCUGGUCGUCUAUCAUGCCUUCAUCAUCCUAUCUUCUUUUCAUGGCCCCUUCACCUUAGGCAUGCAGGGCUAGGUAUAUGCUACCGCUGUCUUUAUAGCAGCCGUUAUAACCCCAAAAUUGCUUGAUCAUUGGUGAUAGCUUUGGGACCCCCGUAUAUGCUAAUGUCCGUGAUUCGACGGGCUGACCGGAG